UACUCGUACCCUUCCGAGGAAAAAAAUACUCGUACCCUGAAUCGAGAUCGAGAGGGAGAGGGAGAGGGAGAGGGGAGAAACCAGGGACAGACUCGCAAGGAGAGGGAGAGAAAGAAAGAAAGAAGGGAAAGGGGACAAAUCAGAGAAGAGAAAGAGAAAUAUACUCUUUUCUUAUAGAGAGAGCGUGUCUAUAUAAGUGGUAGUGGUGGGUGGGUGGGUGGGUGGGUGAGAGAGAGAGAGAGAGAGAGAGAGAGAGAGAGAGAGAGAGAGAGAGGUGAUUUGUACGGGAGUUUGAGCUAUAACACAGACAGAGAGAAGAGAAAUGUCGAAUAGCGAAAGGGUUCCUGUUGAGCUUUGUAAGGGCGUCAAUGGCCUCGAAAAGGUUGUCCUCCGCGAGGUUCGUGGCAGCUCUGUUGAGGUGUAUCUUUAUGGAGGUCAUGUGACAUCUUGGAAGAAUGAGCAUGGAGAGGAGUUACUUUUUGUUAGUAGUAAGGCUAUUUUUAAGCCUCCAAAGCCGAUUCGUGGAGGCAUUCCUAUAUGCUUUCCUCAAUUUUCGAAUCAUGGCCCUCUUGAGCCGCAUGGAUUUGCUAGAAACAGGAUUUGGAGCAUUGAUACUGAUCCACCUCCUUUUCCAACAAGUUCCUCCAGUAAGGCUUUUAUUGAUUUGAUCCUAAAGCCCUCUGAGGAAGAUUUAAAGAUCUGGCCUCACAGCUUCGAGUUUCGUUUGAGGGUAACCUUGGGACCUGGAGGAGAUUUGAUGUUGACAUCUCGCAUCAGAAAUACCAGCACUGAUGGGAAACCAUUUAGUUUCACAUUUGCAUAUCAUACCUAUUUCUCUGUUUCAGACAUCAGUGAAGUUCGAGUAGAAGGAUUGGAAACACUGGAUUAUCUUGACAACUUGCAGAAUAAGGAGCGAUUUACUGAACAAGGGGACGCAAUAACUUUUGAAUCAGAAGUGGACAAAAUAUACCUCAGCACACCUACAAAAAUUGCAAUUUUGGAUCACGAGAAGAAACGGACAUUUGUUAUUCGCAAGGAUGGGCUUCCAGAUGCUGUGGUAUGGAAUCCCUGGGAUAAGAAGGCAAAGGCCAUGGCUGAUUUUGGAGAUGAUGAGUACAAGCAUAUGUUGUGUGUGGAGACUGCUGCGGUGGAAAAACCCAUAACAUUGAAGCCUGGGGAGGAAUGGAGAGGAAGGCAAGAACUUUCCGCUGUUCCUUCCAGUUAUUGCAGUGGGCAGCUUGAUCCGCAGAGGGUCCUUCAGAGCAGUUAAAAAUCCCAUUUUGUGGUCUAAAUCCUGUACAGGGUUCUGUUGCAAUACGUGGUUGGAGCAUGAGAGGAACUUCUUGCUUUGGUGGUUUUAUGUAUUUAUGGUUGACCUAUUUCUGCUGGUGCUCUGUUGCAAUAUGUGGUUGGAGCAUGAGAGGAACUUCUUGCUUUGGUUGUUUUAUGUAUUAUUGCUUUGCUCUUUUUUUUUUUUUUCCUCCUCCCCCCUUUUAGGUUCCUUUGCAUACAAACUUACAACCUCUCUCUCCCUGAAUGAAUUUUCUAUAUUGGGGUGGAAGAUGGUGUUCAAGGGUAGAGUUGUUAAAAAAUGUUUCGUUUGAUGGUUGACUGUUUGGUAGCAUGUCAAAAGUGGAACAAAUGUGAAUGGGUUGAUCGGAAAUUACUAGUGCUGUGUCGAUAAGAAUUACGAA